UGACUUUUUGGGGAAUCGCACGUUUCUCUGCGUCCAAAGGAGGAGGAUACAUCUAUCUGCCACGACAUGUUUAUAGAGGAACGCAUUGUAACGCUUUUCAAAAGGAACUGGCAGCACACGUUGACCUACUGGAGCGUCUUCUUCAGCUUUGGACUAUGCAUCGCCUUCCUGGGCCCCACCAUCCUGGACCUGCAAUGCCAAACGCAAUCCACCCUCCAACAGAUCACCUGGGUGUUCUUCUCUCAACAGUUUUGCCUUCUAAUCGGCAGCUCCAUUGGUGGUGUUUUCAAGAAAACGCUGUUCAGUGCACUGUGUGCGCUCUUCGUGUCCUCGCUGAUGAUCUCGGUCAUUUUCGCCAUAAUCCCGUUCUGCUACAACGUGCUGAUCCUGGCCAUCGCCAUGGCAGUCACUGGGCUGGCAAUGGGGGUGAUUGACACCAUAGCAAACAUCCAGCUGGUGUCUAUUUACCAGAAGGACUCUGCUGUCUUCCUCCAGGCUCUGCACUUCUUCAUUGGCUUCGGGGCGCUGGUGAGCCCGCUGAUCGCAGACCCCUUCCUGUCCGAGCACUGUGGCAACAGCACGGCAGGAGAGGAGUCCAUCCACUUCCACAGGAGCUCAGUGUACAACAUACGCACCUUCAACACCUCCACAGCUGCAGCAACAGCAGCGCCCCCGCAUGGACCGGAGGAGGAGUCCAUCGUGUCAUAUGCGUUCUGGAUCAUGGCCGUUAUUAACCUGCCCGUGCCCAUGGCGGUGCUGGUGCUGAUGUACGUGGAGAAGCUGGUGCCCUGCUGUCCUGGGAGCAACACACGCCUGCUGGACAAGGACGAGCUCUCCAUGGAGACGCAGGGGACGGAGGCAGCAGCCGCCCCCGACACACACACACACACACACACACACACGCAGACGCACACGCAGAGCCCACAGGAAGAGGAAGUGGGAGGUCAUGGGGACCUCUUCAGCUGCUGUAAAAACGGGAACCUGAGUGGACUGCCACCGUCAUUCUUUGGGAUCCAUAUCUUGGGUGGGAUCGUGCUCUUCAUGACCGACGGGAUAGUGGGUGCGUAUGCGGGGUUCGUGUACACGUAUGCGGUGGCCCCCCCGAUGUCCCUGCCCCCUAAGACGGCGGGGUACCUGGCCAGCCUCUUCUGGGCCGCCAUCACCGCGGGCCGCCUGGUGUCCAUCCCACUGGCCUACCGCUUCAGACCCGUGCGCCUCCUCAUGGUCAACCUGGCAGGAGUGAUCGUCACGGUGCUCCUGCUGCUCCUCCUGUACACCAGCAGCACGUUCCUGUUCGUGGGCACCUGCCUGCUGGGGCUGUUCCUCAGCAGCAUCUUCCCCUGCAUGCUCGCCUACACCGAGGAUGUGCUGGAGUACCAGGGUUGUGCCACUACGGUCCUGGUAACAAGUGCUGGAUUGGGAGAGAUGGUUCUCCAGGUGGUGGUCGGAUCGAUUAUCCACACGGCCGGCAGCUACAGUUUCUUACUCUGCGGGAUGAUCAUCGGCUGCAUCGGCUUCAUCGUCUUCUUUGCUCUGCUGCUGUGCCAUCGCCUGCACAGGAACUACCUGACUGGGACGUCUAAAAAAACCACAAUGGUAGAGGAGCCUCCAUCAGAAAAGAAUGAGGAAAGAACAUAACAGCAACAUAAC